AGUGAUCGUAUAGGUAUACCACCUCAAGUGGGGGUCUAUCCGAUUACCUAAGCACAUGACCUAGUAAGGUCCACGGUGCAUACUACCUUCGGUUGAAUUGAUGGGACGGCGGAUGUUACGACUAUCGACCAAUGUAGGAUCCUUCGUAAACUCAGGCCGUCCUUAUAUCUCACAAGUUUCCACGGUCAUCACAAUUUAACGACCAGUUGUUAAGGUUCCGUCUUCAAAUGAGUUACUAGAACAUAAAAUAUCAUCAUCACAACCAGCUAGCAUCCGUUACAAUGGCCGUCGAACCAGUCGUCGCAAAAGACGAGAUCGGUGGGAAUAUUGCCAGUUCCAUCACAGUCGCGAGCACCGAGAAUGUUCCCUCAAGCCCCGGCCAUAUCAAAUUCUUUCGGAGCACCCUUUUCCAGAUUCUCAUCGUUGGGAUAUGUGCCUUCUCCGCACCUGGGAUAUGGAGCGCUAUGAACGGCCUUGGCGUGGGCGGUUCUCAGAGCCCUGAUCUCGUCAAUGCUGCCAAUGCAUUGCUGUAUGCGUUCUUGACCAUAACAUGCUUCUUCACUCCGUGGCUUACCAACAUUAUCGGCUUUCGCUGGACUUUAUCUCUCGGCACGCUUGGAUAUCCCCUAUAUGCGGCUGGCCUCUAUGUUAAUAAUCGAUUCGGCUCCACUUGGUUCGUUUAUGUUGGCGCCAUAACCUGUGGUAUCACCGGUGGUUUCUUCCUUUGUGUGGAGGGCGCUAUCGCAACGGGGUACCCUGAAUCACACAAGAGAGGCCGUUACAUCGCUACCUGGUUUACGUUCCGCAACCUUGGGAACAUCGUUGGGGGUGCUAUCUCGCUGUCCCUAAACAUUAACGUUACGCAGCGCGGUCAAGUAGGCUAUAAAACAUACCUAGCGUUUAUCGCAAUCCAAUGUCUCGGUUGUGUAUUCGCCCUCCCUCUUUCAGAACCCGAGAAAGUGCGGCGAGAUGACGGGACUCGCAUCAAGGUAAUAAGAGAGGUUGCUUGGCGUACAGAGGCUCGCGAGAUGUGGACCCUGCUGAGAAGCAAAUCAAUCCUGCUUCUUACGCCCCUUUUCUGGUACUUCGGAUGGGCCCAAGCUUAUCCGGGUACCUACCUGGCGACAUACUUCACCGUGAGGUCGAGGGCGCUUGGCGCUUUGCUAUCCGCCAUCCUCGGGAUCCUUGCUACUUGGCUCGCUGGGACAUUGGUCGACGUUAGUUGGACGAAAAAGAGGCAGACGCGCGCUGUUUGCACCUACAUCCUAAUCGCAAUGCUCAAUAGCGCAACGUGGAUUUGGGCGGUGAUAAUCCAAAACGAAUAUCGAACUACACGUCCGGUUCUGGACUGGGACAACCAAGCUACUUUCGGUCGAGGCUUCGGUGUUUUAAUGUUAGAAAGGCUCAGCGUAGGGAUGGUAGAGAACUACAUCUACUGGUGUAUUAGUAACCUAUCGGAUUCCCCCGGCCAGCAGAUCAGGUACAGUUCUCUACUUCGGGGAAUUGAGACUGCCGGCAUCUGUUUAGGAUUCGGGGUCCAAGCUGUUCCUACUGCUCUGGUUGCUACAGCCAGCAUAAACCUGGGUCUCUGGUUCUUUGCGUUGCCGUUUAGUUACUAUGCUACUCUGCAAGUAGUUAAAAAGUUUAACGAACUCGAUGAGAGGCCUGGUGAAGAGGGUGAAGUGGGACAGCACACUGCUAAUACUUCAGAGGUUUAGAUUAUCUCCUUUGUUUGGCUUGCACGUUAGAGGCAUCUCGUCGGAGUGGUUUAUUGUUAGUAUUGAUAUGAAGGCUACUAAGAGUCUUCAUGGUCGAGGCGUUGAGCUAGGUGGAAUG